CCCGCGCCGGCGCCGCGCCGCCCGCCGGAGCAGCCGAGGGCGGGACGUGGAGGCGGGGGCGCGGCAGAGCUGAGGCGGCGGCGGCAGGGGCGGCAGGCGCCGGCGCUCGGCAUGGCUCGCCUGGGGCUCGGUUUGGUGAGCUGCACCUUCUUUCUAGCUGUGAACGGUCUGUAUUCCUCUAGCGAUGACGUCAUCGAGCUAACACCAUCGAAUUUCAACAGAGAAGUCAUUCAGAGCGACAGUUUGUGGCUCGUAGAAUUCUACGCCCCAUGGUGCGGCCACUGCCAGCGGUUAACGCCAGAGUGGAAGAAAGCGGCCAGUGCCUUAAAGGAUGUUGUAAAAGUCGGUGCAGUUGAUGCAGACAAGCACCAGGCCCUGGGAGGUCAGUAUGGGGUGCAGGGCUUUCCGACCAUCAAGAUUUUUGGAGCCAACAAGAACAGACCAGAAGAUUAUCAGGGGGGCAGGACCGGCGAGGCGAUUGUGGACGCCGCACUCAGCGCCCUGCGCCAGCUUGUGAAGGACCGGCUCGGCGGCAGGAGUGGCAGCCACAGCUCCGGAAGACAGGGCAGAGGCGACAGCGCAAGUAAGAAGGAUGUGAUUGAGCUGACGGAUGACAGCUUUGAUGAGAACGUCCUCGAGAGCGACGACAUCUGGAUGGUUGAGUUCUACGCGCCUUGGUGUGGACACUGCAAAAACCUCGAGCCAGAGUGGGCUGCCGCAGCCACCGAGGUCAAAGAGCAGACGAAAGGGAAAGUGAAGCUGGCGGCCGUGGACGCCACCGUGAACCAGAUGCUGUCGAGCAGAUACGGGAUUCGAGGAUUUCCUACAAUCAAGAUAUUUCAGAAAGGCGAGUCUCCUGUGGACUACGACGGUGGGAGGACGAGGUCCGACAUAGUGUCCCGGGCCCUGGAUCUGUUCUCCGACAACGCCCCGCCCCCGGAGCUGCUGGAGAUCGUCAACGAGGACGUGGCCAAGAGGGCGUGUGAGGAACACCAGCUGUGCAUCGUGGCGGUGCUGCCGCACAUCCUAGACACAGGAGCUGCAGGCAGAAAUUCGUAUUUGGAUGUUCUUCUGAAGUUGGCCGAUAAAUACAAAAAGAAAAUGUGGGGGUGGCUGUGGACAGAAGCCGGGGCGCAGGCGGAGCUGGAGUCGGCGCUGGGCAUCGGCGGGUUCGGGUACCCUGCCAUGGCAGCCAUCAACGCACGCAAGAUGAAGUUUGCUCUGCUCAAAGGGUCGUUCAGCGAGCAGGGCAUUAACGAGUUUCUCAGGGAGCUGUCCUUCGGGCGUGGCUCCACCGCCCCUGUGGGAGGCGGGGUCUUCCCUGCCAUCAGUGUGCGAGAUCCGUGGGACGGCCAGGACGGCGUGCUGCCCGUGGAGGACGACAUUGACCUCAGCGACGUGGAGCUCGACGACUUGGAGAAGGACGAGCUGUGAGGCGCAGCAGCGGUGAAGGGGCGCCCCCCCCCCAGGAAGUCGCUCUGGAUGGCCAUUACAAACACUGCACCAGUGAACUUUUGCGUCUCAAGAAACACUGAGAAAUUCUAUGAAUUGCUGUAGCCAGUGCAGGACUGUGCGCGGUCACGUCACGUCGAGGACAACAGGGCUGCUGCCCGCCCUCCCCGACUGCUGCUGGGAUGUCUGAGGCUGUUUCUUACUCGUAGGGUUUUUUUUAAUGUGAUUCCUUCAUUUGAAUAUUAAUGGCUUUUUCCAUUAAAGAAUAAAACAAUAUUUUGGACAGUG